GCUGGCGGCCGAGAGCGCCAAGGAGCUGGUGGAGAUCGCGGUGCCCGAGAACCUGGUGGGAGCCAUCCUGGGCAAGGGGGGCAAGACGUUGGUGGAGUACCAGGAGCUGACAGGCGCCCGCAUCCAGAUCUCCAAGAAGGGCGAAUUCCUGCCAGGCACGCGGAACCGGCGGGUCACCAUCACGGGCAGCCCCGCGGCCACGCAAGCCGCUCAAUACCUCAUCAGCCAGCGGGUCACCUACGAGCAGGGGGUGAGGGCCUCAAACCCCCAGAAAGUGGGAUGAGGCCUGUGGUGUGCGCGCCCGUCCUCCCUCCUCCCGCCUCCCGCCUCCCCCUCUUCCUCCUCCUCCGCUCCCUCCUCCCCCAGCUCCUGACCUGACCUCAGCUUGGUGCGGACCUGCUGUUUGGGGAUGGGGCUGGGGUAGGCCUGACUGCACCCUCCCCUUCUGGUAGUCAUAGGCAGGAUUGAGUGGUGGUUGGGGAAGGGGCUCAGAAGCCCCUCCCUGACCCUGAGCUGACCCCUCCUCCUCCCUCCCUUCCUGUGCUUGACUGGGCCUGCUCCUCCCCUCCCAGGGCCCAGGUCUGUGUGAUAUCUGUAUAUAUUGCAUUUUGUUGAUUUUAAUAGAAAACAAAGCGUUA